UGUUGAGCUGAAGUCAAACACAGUCAUUUUUUGUCUCAUCUUCGUCAUCAUCAUGGGAUUUUCUGUCCACUGGACGUGGUUUUCUGUCCUCUCAUGUCUCCUGUGUUUGGGUUGUGAGGUUUGGUGUGACUGCACAGAGGAAGGCAUCCAAAUAUCAGGAGGUCAUUUCACGACGACCAAGCAGCUGCAGAGAAGCAGCAUGUUGGUUUACCACUGUCCUGAAGGCUAUUAUCCUUUUCCUCAUCUAACACGAGUGUGUCAGGCCGACGGCUCCUGGCAACCCAGACCCAAAAAGUCUCUACAGUUACAACAGAGAUGCAAGCUCAUUGAAUGUCCAGACCCCAACGUGCUGGAGAACGGAAACGUGUCCCCUCCUCAGGAGAGAUACUUUCUGGACAAUGAGACCAACUACGAGUGCUACUCUGGAUUCACAAUGCGAGGCUCCAGCAGACGUGUGUGUCUGCAGAAUGGGAAAUGGAGCGGUUCCACUCCCAUCUGCAGUCGUGACACUGGACAUAAUUGUGCUGACCCCGGGAUUCCGGCCGGAGCCUCCAGGUCAGGGAGCAUAUUUGGGAUCGACGACAAAGUGAAAUACAAGUGUAACGGAAACCUGUUUCUGGUGGGCUCCAGUGAGAGAGUGUGUCAGGAGAACGGCCAGUGGACGGGCAAAGAGCCAGCGUGCUACUACAAACACACCUAUGACACUCCUCUGGAGGUCUCUGCAGCAUUUGGCAGCGCAAUAAAAGGAACGCUCACCACUUUAGAGUCGCUGGACGACACACAGGGGGAGAGAAAAAUCCGGAUCUCUAAAAACGGGACAUUAAACAUCUACAUCGCUGUGGACAUUUCUGAGAGCAUCGAAGAGAAACACUUCAACGACGCCAGAGACGCCGUCAGUAAACUCAUCGAAAAGAUUGCAUCGUUCAGCGUGACUCCAAACUACGACAUCCUCUUUUUCUCCGCUGAAAUUUACGAAGUGGUGAACAUUCUGAAUUUUCUGGACGGCACCGUUUCUCUGCACACGGUGAAGGAUAAACUGGAAAAAUUCAAAGUUGGCAACAGAAACACAGCAGGGACAGACGUGUCGCUUGUCUUUGAUACCUUCAAUGAGAGAAUGGCUGUUAUCAAGCAACGGACAGGAGAUGCAUUCAAGGAACAUCGUCACGUCCUCAUUAUUUUUACAGACGGAGCUUAUAACAUGGGCGGCUCACCAGCACCAACUGUGGAGAAGAUCAAGAACUUGGUUUACAUGAAUCCCAGCAAUGAAGAAGAGAGGAAAGCAAGAGAAGAUUUUCUUGACAUUUAUGUGUUUGCCGUCGGAGCAGAGAUAUUUGACUCUGACCUUCAGCCUCUCACAGUCGGCACCGAUGGCCGUCAUUAUUUCAGAAUGAAGGACAUUGAAAACCUGCAGGAGACGUUUGAUGAAAUCAUCGAUGAAGAGCAAGUGAAAGAUCUCUGUGGUCUUCAUCGAGAGUACGACACAGGUCUGACAGACAGCAAGAGGAAGAUGUAUCCAUGGUGGGUGUACAUCGUGGUCCAGAAUACAAAGACAAAGAAAUGCCUGGGUUCUCUGGUGACUUCCAAGUUUAUCCUGACUGCGGCUCACUGCUUCACGUUCGGUGAUUUACCAAAACACGUGACGGUGGAAAUCAACGAUGGAUUCGGCCGAGUGAAAAAAGUGAAAACCUUUUAUAAACAUCCAAAAUACAACGUGAAUGCAAAGACAGAUGAAGGAGUGAAGGAGUUCUACGACUAUGACGUGGCUCUGAUUCAGCUGAAAGAUGACGUUCAUAUCUCCACGGCUGUCAGGCCGAUUUGCAUACCUUGCACCCAGGAAACCAGUGAUGCUCUUCAGCUGGUGGGUGAAUCCACCUGCAAACAACAAGAACAGCUUUUGUUAAAGAAUCAUCUUGAAAGUCUUUCGUUCCUGACCAAGGGCAGAGACGCACUGGCAGAGAAGGACGUCCACGCCAAGCUCGGGGACAACAGAGACUCAUGCAUCAUACAUGCACUUCACGCUGAUGGAAUAACCACAGAUAAUCCAAAGAUUGCUGUGACUGAUAACUUCCUGUGCACUGGGGGACGCACUCCCUUCAGAGAUCAUAUCGCAUGCACAGGUGAUUCUGGAGGAGCCGUGUUCAAGAACUACAAGCAUCGCACGAUACAGGUGGCUGUGGUCAGCUGGGGAACCACCACAGUGUGUGAGGGUGGAGGCGUCGUGGACUCGCAGGAAAACUCCAGAGAUUUCCACCUCAAUCUCUUCAGAGUCGUUCCUUUUCUCAAAUCUAUCCUUGGAAACGACACACAGGACGACUAUGCAACACUUCAGUUUUUAGCAAACUAAAUUCAUUCAUUCAUAUUGACAUUUCAUUUCUUUUUCUUUCUUUUUUUAAAACACUCACUCACACACACAUUCACACAGCGUCAGGAUUUCAGGAAAGUGAAAAGUUUCUCACUUUGAGUGCAGCAGCGUCAAGUGUUGCCAAAGUGCAUUGUGUGUCAGAGGCUUCACUACUUCGUUGAGAAAUGUUCAACUUUCCACGCGUCAACUCAAGUGUCCGUCAAACUCU